AUGUCAUCUAUGAUCGUUCUUCUGCGCCAGGGGGAGCUUGACCCCGGUUGUGCCGUCGAUAUCCCAGCUGUUUUCUACAGCCUGUCUUUUGCCCCAAAUCCGGAGUUCUCCAAAGUGUUCCCUUCGCAGGCCGAGAUCUUGAAAUACUUCAACAGCGUUGCGGCAAAGUUCGAUGUGUGGCCACAUAUUGUUUGUAACACAGAGUGGGAGGGAGCUUGCUGGCAAGAGUUGACCAGUACCUGGCUUAUCAAGCUGAGGGAUAUAUCUACUGGCGAAGUCUUUUACCAGGAAUGCAAAAUACUCAUCUCUGCCGUGGGGGGCCUAGUGAAUCCCAAUCAUUUCACGGUUCCAGGGAUUGAGGGUUUUCAAGGUGACAUAGUUCACACAGCAUGCUGGAGACCGGAACUGUCCCUUCACCAGAAAGAUGUCAUUGUCGUUGGAAACGGAUGCUCAGCCGCUCAACUCAUUCCGACAAUCGUUGACGAGGCGAAAAGUAUCUCCCAAUUCAUCCGGACACCACAAUUCUAUCUCCAGAAUGGGAACAUGGAGAUCAAUGACAAGUGGAGACUUUUCUUUCGCUAUGUACCUGGUGCUCUAUUGCUCUUUAGGAUCCUCGUGUUCCUCUUCCUAGAGAGUACCGCGGUCAGGUUCAACAUGACAGGAAAUGGCCUGAGGGCAAGGGACCGAUCGGCAGAGAGAAGCAGAGCCUACAUUCGAGAAAAUGCGCCAGAGAAAUAUUGGUCGCUGCUUAUGCCGAAGUACGAGAUCGGAUGCAAACGACGAGUGUUCGACAACUGCAAAUAUGUCAAUUGUCUCCAGCGAAGCAAUGUGAAUCUUACAGACGAUCCGAUUACUGCAAUCCAGCCUCGUUCAAUCCAGACCAAAUCAGGCCAAGAAUACCCUGCAGAUAUCAUUAUUCUUGCCACCGGCUUCGCUUUGACGCAGUAUGAUGUAGAGGUGAUAGGUCGAAAUGGUCGCACCCGAUCCGAGCAUUGGAAAGACUUUGGCUACAAGGAGGCCUACAAGUCUAUUGCCAUGUCUCACUUUCCAAAUUUCUUUUACGUCUUAGGGCCUAACUCUGGAAAAGGUCAUACUUCUACCAUCUACUCCAUUGAAAACUACGCCGAUCUUGUCAUCCAGGUAAUAGCACCGGUAGUACACGGCCAUUCUUCCUUUGUAGAAGUCAAGGCCGAAAGUGAGAAAAGUUACAAUGAGAAUUUACAUGACGCGAUCGGCAAGACUAUCUUCAACAAUUCCUGCUUCAGUUAUUUUGUCGACCAGGAUACUCAGAAGAACUGGUUUAUCUACCCAUGGAGCUCCUUCGACAUGUGGUAUGACACACACUUUGAAUUUUCGAACGACUGGAUCUACGAUGCCCAACAUGAUAGAAAGAAGCCGUUGCUUUUCUCUAUGAUUCUGCCCAUGAUACUUGCGGUGCUGAUUGUACUAUUGGUUUCAUGUUUGAUCGAGAGGGGUACCGUGGGAAACAUGGUGCUCGAUGUCACGUUCGAUGGUGCUUUGACGGAUAUAUUUCGACCACGCUUCUGGCCUAACUAG